UUGAAGAGAAGAUUUAAGGGGAAAUCAAUAUGUGGCCUGUGGAGAGUCUGGAUACGUAAAGGCUUAUCUGCGUCUUUUUUCAUUUUCCCUUUGUGCAUUAUACCAGUUUGAAAAGCAGAGGAUAUUCAGGUAUUGGAAGAGAAGUUAGCCAUGAAAGGCCUGAAACUGACACCAUACACUGUGAACUCUAUCCAUGGCGGGAAAUCUAUCUAUCCAUUUCCUUCGUUAACCACGCCACAUCCCAAAUCAACCUUCUUGUUCCAACAUAAUUGCAAGUCUGUCUUCUCUACAGGAUCUGUUACAAGAAGAACUAUGGGAAUUUGUUAUCAAAAGUGUAUUUUGGAAAGAGCACGCUGUGUACAGAUUAGAGUGAGAUGUUCAUCAGCAUCUGUUCAGCCGGUAAAUGAUGAGUUAACGGAGAAUAAGUCCAAGGAUCUGUCCAUGAGUGGAGAUUCCAUACGCCGUCGAUUUCUUGAUUUCUAUGCUGCCCGUGGCCAUAAGGUCCUUCCAAGUGCUUCUCUUGUGCCGGAUGAUCCCACAGUAUUACUGACCAUUGCUGGAAUGCUUCAAUUUAAGCCUAUAUUCCUUGGAAAGGUCCCCAGGCAAGUACCUUGUGCUACGACUGCACAAAGGUGCAUACGAACAAAUGAUGUGGAGAAUGUGGGUCGAACAACCCGACAUCAUACAUUUUUUGAAAUGCUUGGAAACUUCAGUUUUGGAGAUUACUUCAAGAAAGAUGCAAUCAAAUGGGCAUGGGAGCUAUCAACUGUGGAAUUUGGUUUGCCAGCUGAAAGAUUAUGGAUUAGCAUAUAUGAAGAUGACGAUGAAGCAUUUGAAAUAUGGCAUAACGAGGUGGGAGUUUCUAUUGAGCGUAUAAAGAGGAUGGGGGAGGACGACAACUUUUGGGCCAGUGGUCCCACUGGUCCUUGUGGCCCCUGCUCUGAGCUUUACUACGACUUCCAUCCGGAGAGGGGAAUUUUGAACACAGAUCUAGGAGAUGAUACAAGAUUUAUAGAGUUCUACAAUUUAGUUUUCAUGCAAUUUAAUAAAAAGGAUGAUGGAUCGCUGGAACCCUUAAAACAGAAGAACAUAGAUACUGGUCUUGGCCUGGAGCGUAUGGCUCGCAUCCUUCAGAAGGUUCCAAAUAAUUACGAGACUGACUUAAUCUAUCCAAUUAUCGAGAAGAUUUCAGAAUUGGCGAAUGUCUCAUACUCUCUUGCUGAUGAUCACACAAAAACAAGUCUUAAAAUUAUAGGAGAUCAUCUACGUGCAAUCGUGUAUCUCAUAUCUGAUGGGGUAGUCCCAUCAAAUAUUGGUAGGGGAUAUGUGGUUAGGAGGCUCAUUAGAAGGGCUGUUCGUACUGGCAGGUUGCUGGGCAUCAGGGGUGAUGGUGUUGGUAAUCCUGAAGGAGCUUUUUUACCGGUAAUUGCAGAAAAAGUAAUAGAAUUGAGCACCCAUAUUGAUGAAGAUGUGAAGGCCAGAGCAUUCCACAUUAUGGAGGAGUUGAAAAGGGAAGAACUUCGUUUUGUGCAGACAUUGGAGAGAGGAGAAAAGUUGCUUAAUGAAAUGUUGGCAGAGGCAUUGUCAAGUGCACAAGAAAAUGGAACAGUACCCUGCUUAUCUGGAAAAGAUGCGUUUCUGUUGUAUGACACUUAUGGUUUUCCAGUAGAGAUAACAAAAGAAGUGGCAGAAGAAAAUGGUGUCCAUGUAGAUAUGAACGGUUUUGAUAUUGAGAUGGAAAACCAAAGGCGUCAGUCACAGGCUGCACACAAUGUUGUUAAGCUGGUUGUUGGAAAUGAUGCUGAUCUCGCGGAAAAUAUUCCUGACACGGAGUUUCUAGGAUAUGACACCCUUUCAGCAAGAGCAGUUGUGGAAAGCCUCAUGGUAAAUGGGAAACCAGUGAUACAGGUUUCUGAAGGAAACGAUGUAGAAGUUUUACUAAACAGGACCCCAUUUUAUGCUGAAUCUGGUGGUCAAAUUGGUGAUCAAGGUUUUCUAUAUGUAACUGAAGGCGAAAAUGGACGAAGUGCAAUAGUAGAAGUUAAAGAUGUCCUGAAAUCUUUUGGUAAUGUGUUUGUUCAUAAGGGAAUAAUCAGAGAGGGAGUCAUAGAAAUUGGUAGAGAAGUGGAAGCAGCAGUAGAUGCAAAUAUGAGGCAGCGGGCUAAGGUUCACCAUACUGCUACUCAUCUGUUGCAAGCUGCUCUUAAGAAAGUUGUUGGCCAGGAAACAUCACAAGCAGGUUCAUUGGUGGCUUUUGAUCGUCUCAGGUUUGAUUUCAACUUUCAUCGACCCCCCCUGGACACGGAACUUGAGGAAAUUGAAAGAUUGAUAAAUGGAUGGAUUGGUGAUGCAACAAUUCUACAAACAAAAGUGAUGCCUCUUGCUGAUGCAAAAGAAGCUGGGGCUAUUGCAAUGUUUGGUGAAAAAUAUGGAGAACAGGUACGUGUUGUAGAGGUUCCAGGAGUAUCCAUGGAACUUUGUGGUGGGACCCAUGUUGGCAACACUUCUGAAUUACGUGCGUUUAAGAUAAUUUCAGAGCAAGGCAUUGCAUCUGGCAUAAGGCGUAUAGAAGCCGUGGCUGGUGAAGCUUUCAUCGAAUACAUAAAUUCCAGAGAUCUCUAUAUGAAACAGCUAUGCUCCACUCUGAAAGUAAAAGCUGAAGAAGUAAUCACUCGAGUGGACAAUCUUUUAGAAGAGCUACGAAUAACAAGAAAUGAAGUUUCUGCUCUGCGUGCUAAGGCGGCAACGUACAGGGCAUCCAUUAUUGCAAGCAAGGCAGCAACAAUUGGAACCUCCCGGACCAUCAGGGUACUAGUUGAGUGCAUGGAUGAUACUGAUGCUGACUCACUUAAAAGUGCCGCUGAAUAUCUGAUGGACACGCUAGAAGAUCCAGCAGCUGUGGUCUUAGGUUCCUGUCCGGAUGAGGGGAAGGUGAGUUUAGUUGCUGCAUUUUCUCAAGGGGUUGUUGAUCUGGGCAUUCAGGCUGGAAAAUUUGUAGGGCCUAUAGCUAAGUUGUGUGGUGGAGGCGGAGGUGGCAGGCCCAAUUUUGCCCAGGCUGGUGGGAGGAAGCCUGAGAAUUUAUCAAGUGCUCUAGAAAAAGCUAGAGCAGAUCUAAUGUCAAUACUAACUGAGAAGGCAAGCUGAAAAUCAUAUACUCACAUGAGUACAUGGUGAAUAUUACAAGGAAGACCUUCUACCUUCUACCUUCUACCUUCUACCUUCUACUUUUCUGGUGUAUAAUUCUUCCAAGUACAUAUGGCAUCAAAGUAGGGAAACAAUGUGGUGUUAAUAUGUGAAAAAGAUACUGAAUCUGCUUCCAGCUGAGGAGGUGGGGGUUCACUGUUGCAUGGUCAGUAGAAUGUUAAAGGGAGGGUUAUCGUCGAUGAGCAGUUACUGGACAGCAUCAGUCUCUCUCUUAGAUAUAAACAAAGAGAAGUUAUUACUUUAGAGAUUGAUGUUUAGGUUUUUGGGUGGAGCUAUAACAUGUCUUGCCGAUUGACCAGAAGAUGGUGUGCAUUUUUGGCUAUGCCACCACCAUGUUGAUGAUAUUGCAAGAACUUACAAAAACUAUUUUACUUAUAAUGAUUGGCAAUAUUCAGAUUUACUUUCAUUUAUAAUAAAAGCAACUCUGUUAAUGUUA